GGUGGUGACAGUAGUUGUAAUUCUGUGCUCCAGAGUGUUUAGGCAGAGACAUGGACUGUACCCAGUCAGCUGAAGACACAGGAAGAAAGAGGACAAGAACUAAACAGGACAAACAUUUACACUAAAUUUAGACAAGUUUAUGGAUCUAAGAUCUUUUGAAUAGCUCUUGAGUAAGAAGAGAUGGACCUCAAUGACUGUGAUGAAGUGAUCAGUAACCCAGAAGACAUGGACACCCUGAAUAGGAACGUUCUUGAUCAUGGCCGCCAGACCCAUCAGGUGCUACAGGGUACUCCACUGGACCUGAUUGAGACAGGCAAAACUCUCAAAGUCCAAGCAGAGCGUCCACAUCUGGUCAGUUUGGGAAGUGGACGUCUGAGCACAGCCAUCACACUAUUACCCAUACCAGAAGGGAAAACAACUCUUGGUCAUGGAAACACUGACAUCAAUAUCCAGGGUCCAGGAGUGGCAGCCCUGCACUGUUACAUUGAAAACCAGGCAGGAACCAUCACCCUCUUCCCCUGUGGCAAUCCGUGCUCCAUGGAUGGCCUGGCAGUCACAAAGCCUGUACGACUGUCUCAAGGGUGCAUGCUUUGUUUUGGCCAGUCUGCUUUUUUCCGCUUCAACCACCCAGAGGAGGCUCUGAGGAUGAAGAGUAUGAUGCCAGAAGGAAACGCUGGGCUCAGCAGGACCUACAGAGGACAUUCAGAACCCCAUGGUCUGCUCAAUGGAAACCAUCAGCCUGUGCCUAACGAGAGGGUUCGUCCAGGCCAUGGCCCUCUGGCCCGCUCUAUAGAGAAGGACCUUCAGGACAUCAUGGACUCAUUAACUAUGAAUGACUCUCAGGACUCCUCAACUGAGGCUGGAAAACACCCUGAGCACCCCAUCCCACAGUCUCCUCUUUCCCCCAUGUUCAAUGGAGGUGGCCGAUAUCUCCUCUCAUCUCCAGCCAGCCCUGGAGCCAUGUCUGUGGGCUCUAGCUAUGAAAACACCACUCCUCCUUUCUCUCCUGUUUCAUCUCCCUCAAUUGCCAGCAGCCCUGGCACUCAUGUGGACCCUGCUAACUCUUCUGUACCUUUACAUUCAACUUCCCACCAUCAUACAGUCCAGCCUCCAAUUCCCCAUCCACGGCAAUCAGCAGCUCGGAUUGGCAACAGCAGCGGGGGACGAAAGAUACCGGAAAGUCCUAGGCUUGCCAGAAAAGCCUUGACAGAAGCUUCACCGAGUCCUACAGCCAGUCGCCUUGGCCAAAACCAGGACGUUCAGGUCCGAGGCGGUCCAGAAUGCCCACGUUCAGUGCUUGGUUUCUCUGGAGACACAGGGAGGGACAACAGGAUCAUGAAUUCCAGCUCAUCUGCCUCCUCAAGUCCAAGAUCCAGUGUAGGCUCAACGUUCCAGGAGACUCCCUCAGCUGAUGUUGGAGUUCAGUCCAUCCCGCCAAACUCGCGCUCAGUCAUUCCUCCAGAGUGUCUCCAGUCCACCCGCCGAGCACUGGAACCAUCCAAUGGCACUCCAGUCCUAGAACGUCCACCUCCCAGCCCCUCUACUCCACGUCGUGGGCUGCAGGGAGUCCCAGUUCUACCUGGAGCCCUACCUGGAGUAUCCAUUCCAACUCGGAGCCAGACAGGAAAGGGUGUACCAGAGAGCCCUCGACAGCACAGGCGAGUCACAGUGGGGGAAGACGCCACCGGAACAAGGGGGAUAUGGGCCAGAAGCCCUUCUCCUGUAUCUACUGUCCUGAAGGACCACACUAGUAGCGGUAGGAGGCAAAAAGGGAGCGUUGGAGUUAAUCAUAUCCCAGGUUUGAGUACCCAGGUUGGGGUUUCUCCCCUCACCAGCCCCCGUAGUCAGAGGAAGAACCCCAGCGAACCACGGACUGUCCAACCCAGAGCACGGGAACGUAAAAACAGCAUCUCAGAAAUCAGCGACAACGAGGAUGAACUGCUGGAAUACCAUCGUUGGCAGCGGGACGAGAGGAUAAAAGAGCAGGAAAUGGAGAGACUGGAGAGACAGAGACUAGAGACCAUUCUAAGCCUGUGUGCGGAGUAUAAUAAAGGGGACCCUGUGGUAGACAUGGAGACAGGGAGGGCAGGUCAGUUCCCUGGGACAGAGGACCAGCAACCCGGCCCCGACUUUGUGGGUGUGGCAGUCCAGCGCUCACACGCUCACACACUUCGAUUGGGAGAGUGUGAUGACGAGAACCUGAAAGAGGAGUGUAGCAGCACUGAGAGCCAGCACCAGGAGCAUGAGGACACUGCCGGAAUGGGACAGCAGGAGCUGGGUUAUCUAGUGGAGGAGCGGGUCAGGAUUCUGGCUCGAGUAGAGGAGUUAAAAGCUCGGGUCACUGAGCUCGAGCAGCAGCUACAGGAUUCCAGACAAGAGGCUGAGAUGGAGCGGGCGUUGCUGCAGGGGGAGAGGAGAGCCGAGUCAGAUCAAGUGGAGACCGAGUUGGAGAAGAUCAAUCAGAUCCAGCUCAAAUUGAGUGAAGUGGAGAGAAAUAUUCAGCGGGAGAAAGAAAAGGGGAGGGCUAAUGUCUCAGCCGAGCGUGACGUCCUGGCCAGGUUGAGGGACGGGUACAGUGAGCUGAAGAGCCAGCUUCAUAAAUGCCCCGAGUCUCUGAGGGAGCACUUGCAGGAACAGCUUGCCAGGAAGGCCGAGGCUCUGGAGUCCGGCUCAAAGCGCUUUGAGGACCUGGAGUUCCGCCAGCUGGAAUGCGAGAGCAGUCUGGAGGAGGAGAAGGAGACAGUCAGCCGGCAGCUGCUCCAGGAGAAGGCAGAGUACCAACGCAGCGUGGCCAAGCGGAAGGAGAAAAUGGCUGCCCUUGAGAUUCAGGCCAAUCAGCUAGGUGUGCAGGCAGCUCAGGAUUGCGAGAAGAUGGCUAAAGAUCGAACCAUGGCCCUGCAAAUGCUGCACAAGGAGAAGGAGAGACUGGUUACCCUGGAAAGGAGAUACCAGAGUUUGACUGGAGGGAAGACUUUCCCCAGUUCCUCCAACACCAUGCAGGAGGCUGAGAGAAAAAGGCCUCUGGUGCCCAGGCUGGAUUUAGAGCGCUGGUACCAGGAUAUCAUGGCAGUUGGGGAUACUAGCCAUGAUUGUCCUCCCCCUCUUCCAGCUAAGUCUUUCUCCACACGCAGGCCCAUGCAGAUGUACAGGUGUAAACAGGAUGGCGCAAAUGAUACGGCCACGCAACCCAGCACUGGAACUGCAGGCAGAAACACUCCAACCAAGAGCCUGACGGACCUGUCAGCACCUCAUCUGGAUACAGAUUCCAAGAAACUUGCUGUUGAGGGCAAAGGGCUCCAAACAUACGACGACUCCAGAUUUCUCACCACUGAACUGAAACCAAGGCUCGAAAUGGACACACAAUACCACUGGGGGGUGCCACAGAGCUCUCACUCCCAGUUAAAUGACCCAUUCCCUGCUCCAACGGCCCCAAUGGUGCACCAUUCCAUCCUACACCAUCAAGCACCCCCUGCAGGUGGCCCAGCAUAUGACACACUCAGUCUGGAGAGCUCUGACAGCAUGGAGACCAGCAUAUCCACUGGAAACAACUCCGCCUGUUCGCCUGAAAGUGGUAGCGGCCUGGCCGGGCUGAGGCUGGAGGAAAUGGAAAGGAUGCUGAAGGAGGCUCAACAGGAAAAAGCCAGACUGGUGGAGAGUCGUGAGAGGGAGGCGCAGGCACGAAGGCAGCUGCUGGAGGAGGAGAGGAAGAGGCGAGAGGAGGUGGAGAAGAGGCUGCAAGAAGAGACUGCACAUCGGCAGAGAUUAGUAGAAGAGGAGGUCAAGAUGAGAGAAAAGCAAAGCUCUCAGGCUCGUCCAAUGACCCGCUACCUACCCAUCCGAAAGGAAGAGUUCGACCUGCGCUCUCACGUGGAGUCGGCAGGUCACUGCAUAGACACCUGUCCCUACGUCAUCGUCUCGGAGAAAAUGUGCAAAGGCCACCUGGUGAAGAUGGGCGGCAAAAUCAAAUCAUGGAAGAAGCGUUGGUUUGUCUUUGACCGUUUAAAGAGGACCUUCUCCUACUAUGUCGACAAGCAUGAGACCAAGUUGAAAGGGGUGAUCUACUUCCAGGCCAUUGAGGAAGUUUAUUACGACCACCUACGUAGUGCCACUAAGAGUCCGAACCCCUCCCUAACCUUCUGCGUGAAGACGCACGACCGGCUGUACUUCAUGGUGGCCCCGUCCCCAGAGGCCAUGCGAAUAUGGAUGGAUGUCAUAGUAACAGGCGCUGAGGGUUACACACAGUUUAUGACCUGAGGGAAGGCUGACAGAACACUCAACCGUGAGAGCGUAAGAGUGGGCAGAACUUGUCUAACAGGAUGUUAGAGGACUGAACUUUCCACUGAUGUAUGAACUUCAGACGUGCUGCACCAACCCAAACCCGAUUAAUGGGUAUCAUCCAGAUCAGAAAGAUUUUACAUGAAUACUGUACAUAUUAACCCGGAAGAGGACAGGGUUCUGUUGUAGGUGCGCAGAUAACAAGGUGCUCAAAAGAAACCAGUCACGAAGAGAGACUAUUAUACAAAUAGAUAUUUUUAAAUAUUCUAUUAUUUGUGUGUGUACGUAUGUUAUAUACAUGUGUGUGUGUGUGUGUGUGAAAUCUCAUUACCACUUUACGACUAUCCAUGGCAACAGUUCCAUACUAUUAUUUUGUUUUGCACACUUUUGGAUUCAUUAAAAAAGGGAAGACAAAUUGUACUUUUUUAUGCCAAAUAUUUAAAACCAAUUAUGCUUUCUAAGGCCUGCUUAAAUGUUGACAUGGAUUUUUUUUUUUUAUUUCACAGUGUUAAUCGUACUCAAACUAUAAUAAUAUUUCUUAUGAAUUUCAUGUACCAGGAUGUUGCAUCAGCUCCGUGUAAUGCAAAAUACUGUAUCAGGUACAGAUCCAUACUAGUAUAAAAAAAAAAAAAUGCCAUUAGGGGAAAAACGAUGUUAAUUUGCUACAAAUAUUAAUGAGCAUUUGGAUUAUGACUUGUUUAUUCAUCUGGAUUAUUCUGAGUGUUUGUAGCACUCCCAGUUUUGUUCUCUAUGAAGUAAAAGACAUUUGGAUUUGAAUUACCGGUAUGUGCUAGCUGUUAGUGUUUUUAGAGUUUGUCCAAGUUUCAAAUUUACAUUAUCUGUGUUUUUUUUUUUUUUAAAUAUACUGUUAACACAAAUAAUAUACUUCAUGUAUUUUACUUUGACACAAAAAUGUCUGGUGGGGACCAUUUUUAUUUGAUCAAGGAUUUGUCAUUUAUACCAUGAGACUUACCAAAGGUUAACUUCCAAAGCCCAGGAUUUCAUUCUGUCAACACAUGACAUUCAGGUACAACGAUGUGAUCCGUGUGAGCGUUCUGGUUGUGAUCGCGCAGCCGUAUGUGCCUUGCAACAUGUUCUUUCCUUUCAGGUUCUUUUUUUUUUAAUGCAGUAGUGCUUUAUUAUUAUUAUUAUUUUAUAAUGUUUUCUUAUUUAUUCAGAUUAAAAGUAUCCUGUCUUGCAAGUAUGUCAAAAUAUAAUAUAAAAUGCAUAUAAUAUGCUUUUAUAUUAGCUCAGAGUAACCUCAUUAGCAAUUAUAUUUAUACAUGUGCUCAUCCAAGUUGAGCAAAAACAGUAUACUAACAAUUCGUGUGUGUGUGUGUGUGUGUGUGUGUGUGUGUGUGUGUGUGUGUAUAUAGGGUACAGUAUCUACAUGUCACAUUUACACUCAUGAACUGUAAUGACAGAGGUGUGUACCAGGCCGAAAUAAAAUGUGUAACAAAG